UGUUAUCAGCUGAGUAUGGAUCUGGCCGCCUGUCAGCGUCCGUGCCACGCACUUCCUUCCUUAGUGUGGACCUGGCCGUUCAUCACAGCGUCCGUGCCCCUCACUACCGUCCGUGUGUGUCUUUGCCCGCCCAAGCACUCAGAAUUCCAAUCUUCUCCAUCGUUUCCUGGAGGUGUGCACCAGCCCUACCAGACUGUGAUGGCUUGCGGCAGUGUGUUCGCCACGGAGACCAAAUUGGGUCGUGACCUCUCUGCCCUCGACCCGACCCGCAAUGACCUGGCCUCUGACCUCCCACGCAAGAAGAGGGACUCCCCCUCCAACUCCAGGAACCCCUCAUACAGGGUUGGAGGCAGCGUGCAUGAAGCAGUAAGGUUCCUUCAGGCAGAACACGAGGCGGUGCUCCAGGGACUCCACCACCAGAUACAACUACUGCAGCAACGAUGUGAAGACCUGCAGUUCGAGACACACCUGCGUCACGUGACGCUCACAGACGAGGAGACAUGGAGGGCACGUGCAGAGCUCAACAAGCUCCUCGAGGAGCGCACAAAGCGCGUGGCGCAGCUGGAGCAGCAGCUGGCGGAGCAGCAAAAGAUGGCGGAGGAAGAGCAGGAGCAGCACAGAUGGCGGGAGCUGCAGCUGCAACAGCAGCUGGAAGCUGGGGAGCGACGUGUCACAGACCUGCGUGGAGAGGUGCACAGGCUGCGGGCGCAGGUGCGCGACCUGCGAGUGUACAGCUCAGCCCUGCGCACUGUAGGUGCUCGGGUGUCCUCUGCCCGCACGGUUUCUCGGAACUCCAAUGCUCUCACGACGCAGCCUCUCUCGCGCGCAUCUCGCGCCUCCGUAGGCUCUCAAGAGUCGCUGGAGUCCUCAGGUCCACGAAGUCUGGGUUCUGAAGAUGGCGAGGCGGGAUCGUGGCGAGAGGCAAGGCUUGGGGGCACCACGGGCACCACCCGUAACCCACGGGCAGGAAGGACACUUCACACGCCCAAUCCCCGCAUCUCCACCUUCUCCCUGCCUCCCACACUUACCUCCCCGCCCUCCUCCCUGCCGCCUCUGGCCUCACUGCCACCUCAGAGACCAACCUCUUCCACCUCCAACGUUGUGCUACCGCCCAUCAGUACCACCCAGAUUGUCACCCGCCAUGUCCGUCGACAAUUGCGACUGGCAUCGGCGCCUGUAAUCGACAUCGAUCGCAACCACCCUCGACCCCAGCGUGACACGGUCUGACCCCGUGUGACCUCGGCCCCGGCACAGAGAAUUCAAGCUGAUAGCAUCCCCGUCAAGGAAAUCACAGUAGCGAACACAGCAGUAACACCAAAGACACAGCGACCAGCUAGUGUGGACAGACCAGCUAGUGUGGGUAGACCAUAAGAACAUAAGAAAGGAGGAACACUGCAGUAGGCCUACUGGCCCAUACUAUGCAGGUCUUCCUCAAACCCAAACCUACUAACAAAAAUAUUUGCAAAACCCAUUUUCAAUGCUACCCAGCUAGUGUGGGCGGACCAAUGGUUAGCUCACUCCCUUGACGAUUUUAAAUCCUUUUGUAUAUAUUAAAGUGAUUUUUUGUUAGUAUAUAUUGGACAACUUGGUGCUGUGCGACCCAUUCGGAUUUAGUGCUUUCUUGUGAAUACAGCAAAAGAUAUAACUACAAAACAAAGAUAUUUUUACCCCAUAGUGUACUUGAUCCUGACCCGCACACAUCAGUGUGGCCUGUCACCUUGAUAUAGCUGUGUCGCCCGAGUAUCGUGAUAUAAAGGGAAGUGUGACCUAGGAAAGGUGUAAAGUUUUGUCACCGGGAAAUGACAAAACUUUCAAGUUCCAGGCUGGACGCGACCCACCGAUGAUGUGACCUUGUCCACACUCUGGAAUCACGUACGUACGUGUCCAUGUGGGGAGGGAGGGAAGGGAAGGGGAGUGGGGGGAGGGAAAGAAAGAAGUAUAUGGGAAUUAAUAGUCUGUCAACUAAUGCAUUUUGAGUCGAUGACCUCAGAACAUAACAGAUGUUAUUUUUCACUAGUAACUAGUUUGUGAUACGUGUUAUCUAUAUUUAUAUUGACAUUAAAGUUUAACUACAGAUGCUCGACUUGUAUAGUGUUCACCGUGUCAGGUGAGACGAGCCUCAUUACCAGUGCAUUCAUGAAUGCGGCCAGUGGUGUUGGUGUUUACGCAUGUCUUAUAUAAUGGUCUACCGUCACAGACAUAGCAACGUUACAGU